CCUCCUCAAAAGGAGUUCACAAGACUUCUCCGAUUGACUAUUAUUUUUAUUUGUCGCUGUUGGAUGAAAAGACACUGAUUAAAUUCACCAGUAGUUGUAUUUAAGACAUCCAGGCUGUCUGUGUUGCUUUUGUCUAUGAUGGAGAAUGGUCAAGACCCCCUUUCUUUGCUUGCAGAGACGAAAUGCAGUGUUAGUUCAGUGCUGAAUCGUGAUGUGAAGCAAUAUGGCAAACAAUUUCUUUUCGAUGGAGAUGAAGAAACUUGCUGGAAUUCAGAUCAGGGAGAACAGCAACACAUUGCCCUUCAGUUUCCCACUGCAGUUAUAAUCACAUCUGUAGUGAUUCGUUUUCAAGGCGGCUUUGUUGGCAAAGAGUGCCGUGCUGAGGGCCGCUCUGUUGCCUCGUCCAGCAUGUAUCACAUGUGUGAUUUCUUUCCAGAAGACAUCAACGCUGUUCAAAGAUUUGAGAUUACAUGCGCAGAGCCAGUGGAUAGGCUGCGGCUCGUCUUUUCAAGCUCAACAGAUUUCUUUGGCCGGAUCACUAUCUACCACCUCGGUGUCCUUGGCCAUAUGGUAAAAUGAAUGACACACAGACACAUGCUGACCAUGGGCAUUCAGUGAUCUCGCUACAAAGCUCUCGUCCCCGCUGUGUACAUUGUCAGCAGGUAUAGUGGGAUUUGCUGGUACUAGAAUGCAACUAACUUCAGUCCGGCUUUGAAAGCAGUUGUGCAUGAUUGCAAAGGAUGCAAUGUGUUCUUGCAGUGGAAAGUAUGCGAGUUACAUGCUUGCUCUCCUGUGGCCACUAUCUGCGCUUGCAGUAGCCAUCGGUGAAAUAUAUAUCGCGGCGUUGAUCAGGAUAGAGCUGCCAGACCUGGGAAGGCUACACUUUGGCCCGAAUUGUCCUGAGUGGAACAACACACAGGCACUGGCAGUCUAUGACUGAAGAGUUGCACUGGAGAAGUGGAUUGUCACAAUCCUUGCUAGUCAGGUGGACAUUCGCUACGUUUCAGCAAGUUCAUUUACAAGGAAAUUCCCACAUUGAAUCACCAUCACAUGGAUAUAGUGAGCUCUCGUGAGCAGUCCUUCAGGCCCUACGCUUGCAUGAAACUCCCCUGGUGGAGAAUCCUUCGAAUGCAAACAAUAAACCUGGCUAAGUCAAGGCAGUGACUCUGUUGCCUGCACAUUUCCAAUGGCUUGCAGUUGUCAGUCAACAUCAAUGGCACCUGUAAGGUCUGGUGUUGCUUUCCAUUGCCGUUGAAACUCAUCACUGCUCUAUGCUCCCUCUAUGUUUCAUAACACUGGCAAGGAUUUGAGAUCUUUUUUUGCUUGGCAUCCUCAUCAAUUUCAACUUCAAUGCCAGCUCAUUUAUCAUUUUUAAAAGUUCUGUUGCUGUAAGCCUGUAACCAAGUGGAAGCUACCUUCCUUUUGUAUUUGUAUUAGUAUUUAUUUCCUUUUACAUCACAAGUCACUGAUCACGCCCAAUGUUAUGAUGGCAAUGGAAAGAGAAAAAGAUAAGGUAACCUGGAUAA